AUGGAAUUAAAUAAUAAUAAUAGUAAUAAUACUACCAAUAAUUGUAAUAAUAAUAAUGACGAUGAUAAUAAUAAUGCUCCAUAUGGUUUGGUGGAUCUUAGAAAAAGGGAUGAGUAUGAAAAUGGCCAUUUUAUAAACUCAACCAAUAUACCUUUAGAAGAUCUUGAUGAAAGAAUGUUUGAAUUACCACCAAGAUUAUCAAAUAUAGGUAUUGUUUUCAGCGAAGAAGAUAAAUCGCUUGAAAUCAAAACAAUUAAAGAAUUAAUAUUAUUUAAAUUAACCAACUAUUCAAUUCAGUUUUUAAUAAAUCAAAAGGAAAUCGAAGGUUGUAGCGAAUUAAAAGAGCGACAAACAGAGGUUGGUACCAGCUCUAAAAUGUUGUGGAAACCAUGUUUAUAUAUAAGUGAAAAUAUUGAAACCAUCGAAUCAAAACUAAAUCAAAUCUAUAGUGGUAAAAAUGUUGGUAAAUUUAAAGCAAUAGAUAUAGCAUGUGGUUCAGGUAGAGAUUGUUUAUUUUUGGCAAAUAGGGGGUGUUGGAAUGUAGUUGGUGUUGAUAAUGACCAAACCUUAUUAAAUAAAAUGGUUGAAGCUUCCAAAAGAUUUGAUAUUUCACAAGAUGUUACUUCAUUACUAUUAGAGUUGGAGCCACCAGUAUCAAAAAAAACCCAAGAAAUUAGUAACCAAGAGUCUGAAGAAAAGCAAUGUUAUACUUUAUUACCAACUUUAUUAGAGCAUUCAAAAGAUCAUACUGAAAGGGAAUCAAAUAAUAGUGAUGAUGAUGGCGGUGGUGGGUAUGAUCUGGUUCAUGUUGCAAGAUACCUUUACAGACCUUUAUUCCCAGUAUUAGGAGAUUUAGUUAAACCAGGAGGCUUUGUAGUAUAUCAUACAUUUAUGGUGCCAGGCACAAAACCAAAAAAACCCAGAUUCUUAUUAAACACAAACGAACUAAAAGAAAGAUUUAAUGGUUUUGUAGUUUUGGAUUAUAAAGAAACUCAUUUGGAUGACGGAAGACCUAUACAAGUAAUAUUUGCACAAAGGCCAUUAAAUGAAACAAAAUAA